AAUAGCAAUCCGUAGUCAACGUGGCACCGCGUUUCCUGUCUCCUUUUUUGUUUUCCUUUUACAACCUUGUUUACCAGCUCUGGCGCAGUUUUGCUCUCAAUUUAAAAGCGCUUUUUUCAAAAUCGCGGUAGCGUUUUUAAAUGGAUUUUUUCGCUACGAAUGAAUCACUUAUCUCGAAUUUUCGCUUAUAGAAAGCAACCAACGGAUAUGAACUCGAAGAAGAAGACUCCAAGGAAACAACAACCCAAGUUAGAACGCCGUAAUGCGGCGAAGAACUUCAAUUACGAUGCUCAACCAUCGUCGCCGGAUUCCUCUCCGUCGUCGUCAAUUCUCUACACUCGAUCGAUGGAUUUUUACGAUCGAACCAGCUUUAGAGUUGAAGGAGUCGAGGGCGAGUUCGAUAUUAUUUGUCGGAGCCUCGGGCUUAGCGGACCGGAGGAUUUCUCGAUUCCGGCGGCGGCUUGGGAAGCGAUGAAGGUUCGAUCUUCGUCUGAUGUGUUACCGAGGUUGAAUAUUUCGGAAUUCGAUGAAAGGAAGGUGGAUGAUGAAAUUGUAGUAGCAGAGUGUGAUGAUAGGGUUUCACUUUCAGUUAGAGAUUCUCCCGCUGAGACUAGAGAUUCUCCCGCUGAGACUAGCGGUUGCUGCAACAUAGGUGAUGGUGGUGGAAAGGAUAGGGUUCAGAUUAGGGGUUUUGAUGAGGCUAGCAAUUGCUAUACCGGCGGCGAAAAUAGGGUUCCGAUUAGGGAUGUUGAUGAGACGAGUACUUGUUUAAAUACUGGCGGUGGAGGUAUUAAAGGAUUUAGACCUCCGAUGCUUAAGCCGCCACCAGGAGUUAGGGUUUCUGUUUUGGACAGCACGUGUUCCACGUGGGAUCUUCUGAGGGAUUUUGCUCCUGAAGGGGAAGGAAAAGGAAAAGAAAAAGAAGAAGAGGAAGGGGAAGGGAAGAACGAUGGAGAAGAAGGGGAAGGGGAAGUGGGUGAUGUGAUAUUGAAGAGAGAUGAGGAGGAAAAUGUUGAGAUUAUUGGUGAGUUUUCGAGGUCGUGUUCCUUCACUACCUUCACUACUUCACAAGAAGAUGAUUCAUCUAGCACUACAACGGAGCCUAGGUCCAAUAGUAUAUCUCCUAAUGUGAGAUUGAAACCUGUUAUCACUCCUGGUAGCUGGCAAAAGGGUGAGCUUUUGGGGCGCGGUUCAUUUGGAUCUGUAUAUGAAGGAAUUUCUGAAGAUGGAUUCUUUUUUGCUGUAAAACAAGUAUCACUGCUUGAUCAAGGGAGUCAUGGAAAACAAAGUGUCGUUCAACUGGAGCACGAAAUUGCACUUUUGAGUCAGUUUGAACAUGAGAAUAUAGUUCGAUACUUUGGCACUGAAAUGGAUCAAUCAAAUCUAUAUAUCUUUAUCGAGUUUGUAACCAAAGGUUCCCUUUUAAGCCUCUACCGGAGGUAUAAACUUCGAGAUUCCCAAGUAUCUGCUUAUACAAGACAAAUUCUCAACGGUUUAAAGUAUCUUCAUGAUCGCAAUAUUGUUCACAGGGAUAUUAAAUGUGCAAAUAUAUUGGUUGACGCAAAUGGGUCUGUCAAGGUUGCGGAUUUUGGAUUGGCAAAGGCAAUUAAAUUGAAUGAUGUUAAAUCAUGCCAGGGAACAGCAUUCUGGAUGGCACCAGAGGUUGUAAAAGGAAAAGUGAAAGGUUAUGGACUUCCUGCUGAUAUAUGGAGUCUAGGAUGCACUGUGUUGGAGAUGUUAACUGGGCAAAUUCCCUACUAUCCUAUGGAAUGUAUCACCGCAAUGUUUAGAAUCGGAAAAGGGGAACUACCUCCGGUACCUGAUUCUCUUUCAAGAGAUGCACGUGAUUUCAUCCUGCAGUGUCUUAAAGUUAAUCCAGAUGACCGUCCCACUGCGGCUCAACUCUUAGACCACAAAUUUCUCCAGAGGUCAUUCUCCCAGUCCUCUGGCUCUGCUUCUCCAUAUACCAUGAGAAGAGGUUAAACUUGCCAUCUCCAUCAUUUUAACAUAGUUAAGGAAGAGGAUAAAGAAAACAAAAGACUUCCAAACAGGUUUCCAGUGGAAAUCUUAGAUGGCAAAGUACACCUAUGCAAACCAUUGCAGCAUGGGUUUAUCUUGUCUUUUUCGGUGGCUUAUUUGAUUAUUUAACUCUUGACGACAAACCUGUCAUUCGUUGAAUUUAAAAUGCCUCCAAUGUUCGGUCUUCUAGUUGUUAGAGUUGGACUAAAGGUUCAUUGUUGUAGCAAUUGUUGGUUGUGUUGUGCCUUUAGGUUUCAGAGUUUUCUUGGUUGUGUUGUGCCUUUAGGAGUUUUCUUGGUUGUGUUGUGCCUUUAGGUUUCAGGCACCGCUUUGGUUCUAGCAUUUCUGAGAACCAACUGGCUUACCGGUUGGCCCAUGUGUAUUAUGUAAUUAUUACUCAACCAUAAUAUGUGUGUCGUAGCACGACAAAAUUCUAUCAUCAACUAAAUGUAAAAGGUUGCCAGGGUCUUCUACCAAUUUGUAGGCUAAACUUCUGGGAGCAAUAGGAGCAAUAGUUGGACACUAUUGUUGCUAUUUUUGUACAUGUUACAUUUGUAAGUAGGAAAUUAUCAGUGUGUAUCUUUAAUUCUUUAUUGCCGAACUUGUUCUCAUUGUCAA